AUGCUGCAUGCCAGAUCGCGGAUUUGCGUGGUUGCGUCCCCCGCUGUCUCCAAGCUAUUGCGGGUCAACGAAGCACCCCUACCGGAUGAGCCAGAUGAGAGUGAUCUGGACGUCAGCGAGGAGGAUGUCCAGUUCGUGGACGAGUAUAGCAAACGCCUGGGCUUCCUCACCUCCCUCAGCAAGGAAAAAAUGGACAAGUCCUUGCAGAAGCCAAAGGAGAAGAAGGUCAAGGAGCCACCUCCAAAGGCUCCAGAGGCAGAUGAAGCCGAAGAGUAUGAGCAGGUGCCUCGAGGGAAGCUGAAUGACAAGGAAAGAGAGGGUCCGAGGGCAGCCCCCCUGCCCUUGAAAGUGGGCGGCCAGCUCGUGUACCCAGAUGCCAAGGAGGCUGCUGCGCCCAAGCCGGCACCGGUUCCCCAAGUGGCUGGGAUUACAAUAGAGGAGGAAGAGGAAGAAGAAGAGGCAGGCAGUCCAGUAGUGUCAGACGAUGAGUUAGCGGACGAUGAGUCAGCAGAUGAUGCAGACAGCGUUUUGGUGACGGACGAUGAUGACUACGAAGGGGCAUCAGACGAGGCAGGGGAGGAUAUUGGGGCGCCAGAUGAGGCUGAUGAAAGCGAUAUUGAGGAACCAGCUGCCCAUAGAGCGCCGGCGACGCGGCAGCCUGGAUUGCAGAACGAGUUGCAGGAGUACCAGAGGGGGGAGGAGCGGCGGGAGGAGUUGAAGCAGCAGAUAGCGCUGACGGCCACGCGGCUGCUGCAGGACCCCGAGCAGCACGCGCGCGAGCUCACCGCCCUCGUGCAGCUGGCGCGCGACCGCGACGAACUGGUGGCUCGGCUGGCGAUGCUGUCACUUGCGGCGGUGUUCAAGGACAUCCUGCCGGGCUACCGGGUACGCUUGCCCACCGAGAAGGAGCUGGCCGUUGCUGUGUCCAAGGACGUCAAGAAAGUUCGCGAUCACGAAAGCGCCAUGCUGCGCGCCUACCAGGCGUACCUGAAGGCGCUCUUGGAUGCCUGCAACGCGGCCGAGCGCCGGCCGCGGCAGAACGGCACGGCCGCUCCGGAGCCGGCCUCAGCUGCGCCGUCUCUGGCGACGCCGCGGGUGGCGGUGCGCUGCCUUGCGAUGCUGCUCACCUCCCUGCCGCACUUCAACCACGCCAGCGACGUCCUGCAGGCGGUGGUGCCGCGCAUGGGCCACAGGGAUGAGGCAAUCGCGGCGGAGUGCUGCGGCGCGGUCGGGCGGCUGCUGGCGGCCGAUGCGGCCGGGGACGGCUCACCCGCGCGCGACGCCGUGCAGCUCGUUGCCGACCUUGUCAAGCUGCGCAGGCGCGUGGUGCGCGUGCUGCUGGGCCUGCAGCUGAGCAGCGCAGUUGCAGCCGACGUCACGAGCGGCGAUCAACGGGAGUACCGGUCGCGCAAAUCGCGCAAAAAGGAAAAGAAGGCGCGGAAAGGCCGAGGCGAGGACGAGGUCUCGGCGGCUUUCAAAGAGGCGGCUCUGUCGGCCGACGCGGAGCAGCGGCGGCGCACGCAAUCGGAGACGCUUGAGGCUCUGUUUGAGAUCUUCUUCCGCGCCCUCAAGCACUGCACCGCCUCCGGCCUUGCCACAGCUUCUCACAGAGGCCCGUCGGUGAGCGAUGCACGCGCGGCGAAGAAGUUUCCACUCCUGGCACCGGCCCUGGCGGGGCUCAGCCGAUACGCGCACCUCAUCAGCGUCGAGUACUUCUCAGACCUGCUCGCCGUCAUGGUGCAGGUGGCGGCUGCCCCGGGGCUACCGGUGCGCUUGCGCCUGCAUGUGCUGCUCACUGCGUCCGACAUCCUCAAGGGACAGGGGGAUGCACUCAAUGUAGACAGACACGAUUUGUAUCAGGCGCUCUACUCGACUAUCGCAGCAGCGCCGCUCGGGGAUCUCGAGCCGUUACGGCAGCGGCCGGCUGAGUCAGCCGCCGCGCCUGAUCAGGCGGCUUCCGGCGGAGGCGCCCGUAAUGGGCCGAGCGGUGGUGCCCGUAUCGGGCCGUGGGAUGGGAGCCAGUCGCGAGCGCUGGACGCGGGGCGUGCGGCUGCAUUUGCGCUGCGAGUGGCGGCGACCGCGCAAUUCAUGGAUACCGGGGGCGCCCUCGGCCUGUUGGCAGUCCUCGAACGCAUGCUCAGGCAGAACCCCCGGCUGCGGGGGAUGCUGGACAUGGAGCCUGGGGGACCGGUCCCCCCGCUGCCGCGCACAUCGGACCCCCACAAUUUGAUGGAGGCCGCGCGCACGGCGCUGGGGAGCCAGUUCUGGCAGCUGCGCGCGCUGAGUCAGCACCACGCAUCGUCAGCCGUCCGCCAGAGCGCCGCCGCCGUGGCCGCCAUGCCGGCCGACGGCGGGGCGUCGGGGCACCAUAUCGGGCUGUUUGCGCGGCCGGACGGCCCGCCCGGAGUGGCGGCUGCCCACAGCCGCCCGGCGGGCAGCACUGCGGGCAGCCCUGCCCUGCCCGACAGCGAGAUUAAACGUCUGCAGGCACGAACCGGCUUGCUGGACUCGUAUUACAGCAAGGCCAUGGCGACAGGGGAGGACGAGAAGAGACAGGCAGAGUGCACAAAGCAGGCAGGGCAGAUAGUGGAUGCAUUUAACGAGCUGCUGCCAGUGAGAGCGGCCGAGAAGCGCGCUUCAGCUGCUGCGGCUGCUGCACAUGCCAGCUCCAAGAAGGGGCCAGGCAAGAAGCAUGACAGGAAGGGAAAGAAGGGUGCAGAGGCAGGAAACCUGGGUGAAAAGGGGCCAAAGGGCGGGAAAAGAACGCUGCCGCAAAGCAAGCAUGCAGGCAAAUAA